UUAGGUGGUGUGUUGAGUGCUACACCUCCUGGGAAGGUGGUAUUCAUUCUCCAAAUUUUAGCGGCUCUGCCUCUUUCUCUAUGUAUAGGUAAACAGUUACUAGAUAAAUAGAUAGAUAUCGGUUUGCCCGUUUUCUCUUAUUGUUGCUUUCAAUCUAGCUUCAUCGUAUACAUACGCUGUGUUGGAUAAUGUUGAACGCGUGGAAAUGGUAUCAAAGAUGUAUGUCUCUUCAUCCGGUGAAGACCCAAGUCAUCAGCUCCGGAAUUCUCUGGGGUGUUGGCGAUAUUACUGCUCAAUCCAUCACUCACUCCUCCGCGAGAAAGCGUCUUCAAAUCUCUGAUGCAGGUCAAGAUUUCAAAAUUGACUGGAAACGCACAGCGAUCACCAGCAUGUUUGGAUUUGGAUUUGUUGGACCAGUUGGGCAUUUCUGGUAUGAAGGUUUGGACCGUUUUAUAAGGCUGAGGCUUCUUCUUCAACCGGGUUCAGUUCGCUUUGUUGCUAGCAAAGUGGCAAUGGAUAGUUUAAUCUUCGGACCCUUUGAGCUGUUUGUGUUUUUAAGUCACAUGGGAUUUUCCACAGGCAAAAAUGCUGCUCAGGUGAAGGAAGAUCUGAAGAGGGAUUUCCUCCCUGCCUUGAUUGUGGAAAGUGGUGCAUGGCCUUUUGUUCAGGUUGUAAAUUUCCGAUACGUUCCUGUAAGGUAUCAACUCCUCUACGUAAAUCUUUUCUGCUUGUUAGACAGUAUUUUUCUGUCAUGGAUGGAGCAACAAAAGGAUGCUUCUUGGAAACAGUGGUUCUCAUCUUCUCCCUCUUCGAAGGAGCAAGGCCAUGGCGGGGGCAGAUAAUGGGAUAUAUCGUGUCCAGUUUUGUAUCAUUUUCUCAUCUUCAUUGAUCAAAUUAGGAUUUUAACACCGGGAUAUUCACGUAGAGCAAAAGAAUUAUAGAAAGCUCAAGAAUGUGAGGUCGAGUUUUUAAACUUAGGAUUUAGUCAUCGAUGUAAUUGUUUCUCAAAACUUAUUUUGUUGAACUGAUUCUCAUUGGAAUGCUUACCUGUAGCCUUGGUUUUUAAUUGCCGAA